UUGCCACUACUUAAUGUACCUUCAACCGAUGUCUGUAUUUCAAUACGGAGAUUCAUCAUGCAACGGUUUGUGUCUCAGAUUAUUCGUCGACUAAAAACGACAAGUCCAACUUUACCAUUUUACCAAGCACAUAUCUUGAGUAUCGGCGUCUCCAAUAAAAAUGUUAGGCCGAAAUCAACUGGAGUUAAAAUUACUGAAGUUUUGCAUAUCCAUGACAGUCAGUUACGAGUGGUUUUUAACGACAACAGCUCUUGUGACUUUUCAAAUAUUUGGCUUCGUGAUAGUUGCUUAUGCUCUAAGUGUGUCCACCCAGAAACUCGUCAAAAACUCGUAGACGUCACUUCGUUGGACAUUAAUAUCCAACCUUCGAAGUUUUACAUCAAAGGAGCUGAUAAAUUAGAAAUUGAAUGGCCAUCUUUUGGAAAAGAGAAAAAGCACACGAGUGUCUUCUCUGCUGAUUGGUUGCGUGAAUUUCUCCCAGUUACGACGAGUGAUGGACAUGUGCUGAUUCAACCAAGAAAUAAUAUGUACACAAGAAAAAGACCUCAACGAAUUUUGUGGAAUAAAAACCCAAUAGAAGAAACAAAAGUGAGCGUAGAGUAUUCCGACUUAAUGGAGAGCAAGUCAGUUCUAAAACAAACCACUGAACUGCUACUUACUUAUGGCAUAGCACUGAUUAGAGGUGUGCCUAUAAAGGUAAGUCAAACGGUGGAAGUUGGCAAGAGAUUUGCCUACAUCCGUGAGUCAGGGCAUGGGGUGACUUCUGACAUAAUACAGAACCCAGAUCCUAAUGCUCAUCUAGAAUCCACUGGAAGAAAACUUACACCACAUACAGAUCUAACUUACAGAGAACGAUCCCCAGGAGCCCUUCUUCUCCACUGUUUGCAUUCGGCUGACCCAAAUAUUGUAGGACACGAUAAGGCAGGAGGAAAAUCUUUAUUCAUUGAUGGUUACGCGAUAGCAGAGUGGUUAAGAGACAAUCACCCUGAUCACUUUAAUAUACUUUGUUCCACGCCUGUUCCUUUCUCUCUUUUCGAUGCAGAACGGGAUCGAUGGUAUAGAGCUGAGUGGCCCAUUAUCACAACUAACAAAGCAGGAGAAAUCCAGGAGAUCCAUUACAGUAGUAUUUCUUUUCGAGCGCCUUUACUACCUGUAGAGGAAACGAAACCAUUCUAUUUGGCCUACCAGACAUUCUCAAGUAAAAUUACAGACCCUUCGAUGUCUUGGACCCUGUAUCUUAACCCAGGAGACCUAGCAAUAUUCCAUAAUCGUAGGAUUCUACACGGUAGAGAGAGCUUUGAUCCCAAUAAAGUUUUUAGGUUUCUGCAAGGAUGUUACGUCGAUUGGGACGAACUGGAAGCUCUGUAUGAACAUCUCCAUGUCAACGUGUAAUGCUUAUUAUUAAAAGCGGAGUUAAUUAACUGUUUUUAGUUAUAUUGCUUUCUUUAUUUUAGUAAAUUAGUAAAUUUCUGCUUACAACACGUGAGUAAUAUUUUUUAAGUAUAUGUUAGUCAAACGUGGAAGUUACUCUGAAUAAAAAUCACCUAGUAUUUGACAAAAUGGUAUACGUAUGUUGAUUUGUAAACAUGUUUCCUUUGGAGCCUUGAGCACUCCUAUUUUGUAACAAAGUCUUAGUUUA